AAGAAUAAAUCUCAAAUAUCCUCUAGUACUUUACUAAAUUUACACAAUUAUUAGCUAAUAGUAAAUUUUUCAAUGCACACUUUUGGGUAUACCCUCUUAAUUGACAAACAAUGAAAUCGCCAUAAUAUUGUUUUCAAUUACCAAGAAUUCCUAUCGCUUCUUUUCCAUUAUCUUAUCGCAGCCGCUUGCUAAAUCAGGCAUUUAUUUAUAUUGAUCAUAACAGCAAAGUAGCCAAUGAAGUGUCUGUUCAAGUGCACAUUUGCAUCCAAAAAACAAAAACAAUGGUUGCCUUUUCCGUAAAGAACAAAGUGGCUUUGGUGACUGGAGGUGUGGCAGGAAUCGGCCUGGGAAUUGCCAAGGAAUUGUUGAAGAAAGGAGCCAAGGGGGUGGUUUUAGCCGAUAUCAACAAGAAAUUAGCAGGCAAAGCCCUGCAGGAAAUAGAAGAAACUUUCGGCAAAAAUAAAGCCAUUUAUGUGGAAACUGAUGUUCGCAGUAUUGAGCAGUUUGAAGAAGCCUUCCAGAAAACCUUAGAAUCCUUUGAGCAUGUGGAUAUCCUAGUAAACAAUGCAGGAAUUCUGGACGACAGUCGCUGGAAUGAUGAAGUGGACAUUAAUGUGAAAGGGACUAUAAAUGGUAUUCUCUUAGGCUUUGAAAAAUACCUUCCAACCAGCCGAUCUGGCAAGCAGGCGGUCAUCCUGAAUCUAAGUUCCACAGCAGGAGUGAAGGCGUUUAGCAACAUUCCCAUUUAUUCUUCCACGAAAUUUGCGAUUCAUGGAAUGACGCUUGGAUGGGGCGAUAAGGUUCAUUACGAACGGACCAAAGUUAAAGUAAUUGCAAUUUGUCCAGGUCCAACUCAGACAAAUCUGCUGGCUACCAUGUCUGGAAAAAAUUUGGGAGCUCCGUAUGAAGAGCAGCUGGCGCCAAAUAAUUCUGAUCUUAAAACACAAACUGUUGAACAAUGUGCUGCCGCUACUCUUCCAGUGAUAGAACUGGCUGAAACAGGCACCGUUUGGGUUAUCGAAGGUGGAGAACCUCCCUAUCAAUUUAUACUCCCCGAUCGCUUCAAAUUAACGGAGAAAUUCCACGUUUCAAAUAAAUGAAAUCGACAUUUUUAUAUUUUAUUUUACCUACUUAUUUGUGUGUUUCUUUUAUAAACUUGAACGUAUUUUUAUGUUUCGGCUUGGAAUUGAAAUGGGUGCGAUUAGCACUUAAAUUUUUUUGGAUUAUUGCUUUAUAAGUAAUUUGUUAUAUAAAAUACACAUUGAAUGCAAACAUCGAUUAUUUGUGUUAACAAACAUUGUCCAAUUUGCCCUCAAUCCUCCCAAACUACAUAAAAACCCAUGUAUGUAUAACUUUUCAUAUUUUGGUUGCGUGUUUUUUAACUGGGCUUUCGUCCACUAAGUAAGUUAUUUAAAUAUAUUUGCGUUGAAAAUAUAUAAAUAAAACCAACUGUAUGACUAUAGUAGUGUAAAAAUAAUAGGUGGGAAAAGUGAAUAGAGGUUUUUCCAAAUGAAGGUGUCUAAUAUUUUCCGUGUUUUCGUUUAACAAAGAGAACAAUAAAAAAACUGCUUAAAAUUGGGAAACUGAGUAAAAUAUACAUAAUAAACAAAUAAUUAAGGUAAAAUUUUCUUCAUUACAAAAUAGUCAAUUUAUUUGAGCUCGCUCGUUUGUAAAUUUUUUGCUCUCUUGAACUACACUCAAUUGAGAAAAUAUUUAGCGCAAGGAAUUUGGAGGCGUGAAAAUCUCAAAAUUUUUAUAGAAGAAAUAAUAUACAGGAUGUUUCUUAAUUGAGUACAAAAAUUUGACGAACGUAUUUUUAACCUGAAGUGAUGUGAUCAAAAAUGUUUCGUUUCCGAUCUAGAGUUUAUUAAAAUUUCCUAAACGUUGUCGCUUAAGUUUUUCAAUUUCCUUGUUUUCAUACGCUCCACAUCAUAAUUUUGUAAAAUGAACUGCCUAAGAACAAUCACAUUUUGUGAUUAAACGAAGGCGGAUAAUGAAAAAAUGUUAAGAGAUCGGAAACGAAGCAUUUUUGAUCCCAUGUUCAUAUUAACUUUUUCGCAUAAAAUUAGAUCAGGAAGGGUGCGAUUAGCACUUAAAUUUUUUUGGAUUAUUGCUUUAUAAGCAAUUUGUUAUAUAAAAUACACAUUCAAUAGAGGAAUGCAAACAUC